CGUGAAUAUAUAUACAAAGAAAUUCACGAUUGCAGCAUCCAUACCCCACACUACUUCCCAACAACAAACACCGCUACAUCGUUAGCGUAGUGCAAAAAGUAAGCAAAAUGAUAGAAAGCCAUUCGAAUCCUUCUGAAAUUACAACACAUCCCAGUACAAAGGCAGCUCUUUCCCCUUCAACAUGCAUAUCCGGUUUUAUCGACGAUAAAGAGACACAGGCAAGUCGCCAGAAAUUGAUCAGGGAGUCAUGGAAACGCGUCACGCAAAUGUCCGUACUAGAUGGAGAAUAUCCUGUAAUGCGAUUCACCGUAGUUUACUUCGAUCUGCUAUUCAAUCACCUGCCGAAUCUCAAGGCGGAUUUUGACUCACCAGAUACUCAAAGUAGGUUUCUAGGGAAGUUGUUGUCGCUUUUAGUGAAUAUGAAAGACGCACCACAAGAGAGCAUUGAUGCUGACAUAGAAAGUCUUCGCGAGAUAUAUAUAAAACUUGGUGUCAAGGUAGAGACACAAGUGGUAUUCGGGAGGGUGCUGAUUUUGACACUCCAUACCACAUUGACACCAUUCUUUCUCCAGAGUUCGUUCUCUACUCUAGAUAGGAAGGCAUGGGUGACCAUGUAUGUUGACUACCUUAUACAGAAAUUAGCCAAUAAGUCAGAGAUGAAAGGAUUGGAUUUAGAGAUAUUGAAGGAUUUAAUAUACCAGAUCGACGUGUAUGAUAAGGAUUUCUAUAGUGAGCUGAAAUCCGUUUUCUCAGACUGCAAAAAAACUAUGUCAAGGACCAGAAGUACUAAGUCAUCUAGGCCGAAUGCAUGGAGAAAAUCAUUUUAUAUCUCUGAUUCAAGUUCAACAAAUACGCCGGAGAAGAGCCCAGUAACUAAGGUCGGAAAUAGAAAAAGGGCCGAUACGACUCAAGUUAUGGGCAGUAAAUCUACACAGCUGCCACAGACAUUGAAACUAGUGCAUUCGUUGCCAGACCUAAAUUGUAAAUCAGAAGGAUCUAUACUGCCCCAGACCAAGGAACCAGCCGCAAAGAAAAAGUCACUCACAGAUAGAUUUAAGAAAAUAUUCAAGUAAAAUUUGCAUAUGGACUCAGAUUUCUAUACGCACUCGAAG